UACGUUUCGGCCCUCUACUAUUCGGAAUGGUCGUUUCCCAAUCACGUGCCCGCUCAAAUUCCAAUGUCGCACGUCACUAACAUCUAUUUUGCUUUCUUUGAUAUAGAUAAGGGGAAGAAGAACAUUAAGUUGUCAAACGAGCUGUUGGAUCUUUCCAGGUCCGAAUCCGGGAUCAAGUCACAAGGUAUUGUCGGGCAAAUGCACCAACUGCGAGCGCUUAACGCGAGAUUGAAGAUCUCAAUGUCUAUUGGCGGGGCUAAUACUGCGAAAUCUUUCAGUUCUGUCACCGUCACGAAGAAGUCCACUAAGCAAUUUGUGGCGAACAUCGUUGCAAAUGUCAAUGCCCUAGGUUUCGAUGGAGUAGACAUCGACUGGGAAUUCCCUAGUUCAGACCAUGAUACCAAGAUGCUCACGUACAUGCUAGAGUUGCUUAAGUAUAAGCUCUCCCAUACAGGUGAAGGCAGAGAGAAAAUCAUUUCGCUGGCAAUACCGUUGGAUUUAGACACCCUCAAGCAUUUUGACUUCCGUAUGCUCGACCAAUAUGUUGACUACUAUAAUCUCAUGGGUUACGACAUAUCCGGAACGUGGAGUCAUGUGGCGGGUUUUCAGUCACAGUUAUAUCCUGACAAAAAUAUUGCUGGAAGUACGAUCUCAGUGGAUAACACAGUCAAAUACCUCGAACCUCUUGUCAACAAAUCUAAGAUUUUGCUAGGGAUGCCUGCCUAUGGUGUAUCCUUCAAUGCCGAUAAUUUGUAUAAAAAUUUCAAUGACUGUGCCCCAAUCGAGGAUAAAAACAUAACCGACAACCAGGAUAAAGAUGACAAAUGUAUCAUAGAUUAUAUUCACUUACCCCCUAAAGGAUAUGUUGAGGUAUCUGACACUGAAAUCGGAGCCGCUUACGCACAUAGUGCUCCCGGCCAGCCUGAGGGCAUUGUGGUAUAUGAUACUCCGGCAAUCUCAAGAUUGAAGGCACAGUAUGUUGAAAAAAAUGGCCUUGGAGGUGGUAUGUGGUGGGAUUCAAAGGGUGACACGCUCAUCUCAAAUGCAACAAGAUCGUUGGUGUACAACUUUGUUGACGAGUUGGGUGGA